AUGACAAAACUGCACUUUAGUCAACACAACACACAGACGUCAACAGAGCCUUCUGUGGUGGUGACGAGAGGACCGACCGAUGGUCUCACAGCCAGACCUCUACAUAGAGUGCCCUUACAUCAGAUCCCAUCCGUGAGGAGACAUCUGCACGAAGUGGGAACUGCUGUCAAGUAUGCGUUACCACAACACCAUCUCAAGCACUACAGACCUAACAAAGGGGUUGAGUCCAUACCGGAACCGCUGUCCAACUAUUUGGACGCCCAAUACUACGGAGUCAUAUCAUUGGGAACUCCCGGACAGUCAUUCAAAGUAGUGUUUGACACGGGAAGCUCUAACCUAUGGAUCCCCUCCAAGACUUGCAAGUGGACAGACAUCGCGUGUCUUCUUCACAAUAAAUAUGACUCAAAGAAAUCGUCGACGUAUACGAAGAAUGGAACCGCUCUUGAGAUUCGUUACGGCUCUGGAAGUAUGAAAGGCUUUUUGAGUACCGAUGUGUUGGCCAUCGGUUCGGCUCAGAUCAAGGACCAGACCUUUGGUGAGGCGACGUCCGAACCGGGCAUCGCUUUCGUGGCCGCAAAG